GUCAAGGCUUCGACGCUCGAACCACCACAGAUAGCACUACAGGGAAAUGGCAGAAUGGGGUAAGGGGCCACUGACAAGUAAUUUAAUCCUGGUCCCUUUUCGGUUGCCCUGCACGUUGAGGUUGGUUUUGUGCUAAAAGGUAAAAGGUUAAAGGAAAUUUGCUUGACCAGCAAUACUUUCCCCUGAAGAAGCCCGAUCCCGACUCUUCGUCUGUCAACAUCAACGUCGGCCCAUAUCCUGAAGAAAAAAAAGAAACAUCAAACCGACCAAUCUCAUCAUAUCCCGAGUUCAGAAUUGAACUUCUUUCUUGGGUUCAUCUCUAUAAAUCCAUCUCUGUUCAUUGCUUAAGUUGUUUCACCUGACUUAAUAGCUACCCACCACCCUUUAAUCAUCACCGCCAACAUGCCUCCUGCUGCUGCCACCGCCGAAAGCGCGUCGCCAAUUGGCAUUGCCAAUUUGCCAAACCAGCGACAUAAGAUUGUUGCUAAGCGAGGUGCUGCUUUUACUAUCAUGGUUGCUGGUGAAUCGGGAUUGGGAAAGACUACCUUCAUCAACACCCUCUUUUCCACCACCAUCAAGAACUAUGCCGACCACAAGCGACGACACCAGAAGCAGGUUGACAAGACCGUCGAGAUUGAGAUUACCAAGGCCGAGCUGGAGGAGAAGUUCUUCAAGGUCCGCUUGACCGUUAUUGACACUCCCGGAUUUGGAGAUUACGUGAACAACCGAGAUUCGUGGAUGCCCAUCAUCGAGUUCUUGGAUGACCAGCACGAGUCCUACAUGCUUCAGGAGCAACAACCCCGCCGACAGGAUAAGAUCGAUCUUCGUGUCCACGCCUGCUUGUACUUCAUCAGACCCACCGGCCACACCUUGAAGCCUCUGGACAUUGAGGUUAUGAAGAGACUUUGCUCCAGAGUCAACCUGAUUCCCGUCAUCGCCAAGGCUGAUACCUUGAGCCCUAUUGAUCUUGCCAAAUUCAAGGCCAAGAUCCGUGCCGUUAUUGAGGCCCAGAGCAUCAAGAUCUACCAGCCCCCAGUUGAGGAAGAUGACGAAGCCGCUGCCCAGCACGCCCGUAGCCUAAUGGCCGCUAUGCCAUUCGCCGUCAUUGGCUCUGAGAAGGACGUCAAGACGGGCGAUGGACGUAUCGUAAAGGGCCGCCAGUACUCCUGGGGUGUUGCCGAGGUCGAGAACGAGGACCACUGCGAUUUCAAGAAGCUGCGCUCGAUCCUAAUCCGCACUCACAUGCUUGACCUCAUCCACACGACCGAGGAGUUACACUACGAGGCGUACCGUGCUCAACAAAUGGAGACUCGAAAGUUCGGCGAGGCUCGUCCUCGUAAGCUCGACAACCCCAAGUACAAGGAGGAGGAAGAGGCCCUUCGCAAGCGCUUCACCGAGCAGGUCAAGAUUGAGGAACAACGAUUCCGACAAUGGGAACAGAAGCUCAUUGCCGAGCGCGACCGUCUCAACAAGGAUCUCGAGCAAACCCACGCCCAGAUCAAGCAGCUCGAGAACGAAUUGGAGCAAAUGCAGGGCAGCGUUGCUCGCAGCGGUCGUCGCUAGAAUCGCUAGAACACUUUUUACCAUAUUCGGCAACUAGAAGUUUUGGUUCCGCUAGUGCUAGUUAACGCUUUCCCAUCCGAUACGAGUGUACGGAGUUGAGUCGGGUUGAUGCACUUUUUUGCUGGACUCGACAUCUCCGGUUCUAAACAGGCAAUGGGACGUUGAUGGGUGGGGAUAUGCUUACAAGCUUAAUUACGUAUGAGUUGUGCGUUAUUGUGUUGCGAGGUGAAUUGACAAAGUGCCGACGAUUUGCUGAUGGCAAAGGCUUGCGGGAUUGAUGGGCGUGCGUGGGAUUACACUGCGAUAUCAAAAUAUUCUCCUUUUUGGAGGUCGAUUGCACCUCCGUUUCUCCCAGAUCAGUUAGGUUUAGUUUACGAUGUAAUCGCGAGUUUCUAUGAUACCAGUAACAAACCAGAAUAAUUC